AUGUCCCUGAACAGUCCUACUACUACGCAUACGCUUGCACCAGCACUGUAUGUUUUCGGGGAUUCUGUGCUUGACAGUGGCAACAACAAUCACUUGUUAACCAUUGCCAAGGCUAAUUAUUCGCCCUAUGGCUCUAACUUUGUCCAGUGUAUCACUGGGAGGUUCACUAAUGGGAGAACAAUGGCAGAUUUUAGAGCUGAGUUCCUCGGGCUGCCGUAUUCUCCGCCAUAUAUGGGUAUUAUGAAUAACGAGUCUGUCCCGAUCACGGGGUUGAAUUUUGCUUCUGCCUCCUGCGGCAUCCUCCCUGAAAGUGGAAGCACAUUAGGGAAAUGCUUACAUUUGGAUGAACAAAUUGAUUUAUUUGAAGACACAGUUAAAUCAAAGCUGCCCACAUAUUUUGAUAUCUCCCAGCAACUUUCAGAUUAUUUAUCAAAGUCUGUAUUCGUAAUCUCAACUGGCAGUAACGACUACAUGUGCAAUUAUCUUCAACCCAGAUCCUUCAAUACGAGCAAAAUUUAUGCUCCCCAGCCUUUCGCUCAGCUCCUCAUUGAUGCUCUCUCUCGGAAGUUGGAGAGGCUAUACAAUUUGGGAGCGAGGAAGAUAGUCAUGUUCGAAAUCGGUGCGGUAGGCUGCAUCCCGGCAAUUAAGUGGGAAAGUGUGAAAUGUGUUGAAGAGAAGAACCAGCUAGUCUCAUAUUUAAACGAUGGCCUUCUAGCAAUGCUGAGAAAUUUGACAACCUGUCUAAAGGGUUCCAACUUUGUUCUUGGCCACGCUCAUUGGCUAGGCUAUGAUGCCCCUACAAACCCUUCUAAAUAUGGCUUAAUGAAUGCAAACAAUCCAUGUUGUACAACAUGGGGGAAUGGGGAUUCAAAGUGCAUUCCACUUCUGAAGCCAUGUCCUAAGGCAGAUAAAUUCUACUUUUGGGAUGGUUUUCAUCCUACAGAAUCUGUGCAUUCACUCAUAGCCUCCGCUUGUACCAAUAAUGCAUCAGUUUGCAUUCCUCUUACUUUAAAGGACCUCGUUAAUAUGUGA